UUUACAUUUUAUCGAAGUGAACAAAUAUUUGAACAAAGUUGCAAAGAUUCCAAUUCAAUUGUUGCAAAACAAUUUAACUUCUACUAUUGUCUUUAACAAUAUUAAUGAAUGAAUGAUUCUUCUUUUGGACCACUUAUCAAUAGACAUUUCUAUCAAAGAUGGUGACACCAAAUUUAACCCUCUUACUACGCAGGAGUUUCAUCGCAAUCAACUAUCGCUACUUGUCGAACAAGAUGCCAGGACAAUUCAAAGAAAUCCAAGCAAAACGUGCAACAUUCGGAAUGGGAUGCUUUUGGGCUGGCGAUUGUCUUUUUGGCGUUUUACCCGGUGUAAUUAGGACUUGCGUUGGCUAUGCCGGAGGACAAAAGGAAUCACCAAUUUAUAGAAAUAUUGGAGAUCAUACGGAAGUCGUCGAUAUCGAAUAUAAUCCAGACGUAAUAUCAUAUACACAAUUACUCGCUUUAUUUUGGCAGAAUCAUGAAUAUGGUCUCACUACAAAGAUCAAGAGACAGUAUAUGUCACUGGUCUUGUAUCAUGAUGAAGAACAAAAGUUGCUAGCUGAAAAGUCACGUGAACAAGAACAGCGAAAGCGUACAAAUCUAAUUCUCACCGAGAUAAGAAAAUUCGAAAAGUUCUACCCGGCUGAGGAUUAUCAUCAAAAGUAUCGACUUCGAAAUCAUCCAUGGUUAAUCGAAACUACUGGUCUCACCAGCGACGAGGUUCUUCGAAAUUCACCUUUAGCUGCUAAAUUGAAUGGUUACAUUGCUGGUGCUGGUACGAUCGAACAAUUUGAAAAAGACUUGCCUAAUCUUGGUUUAAGUGAAAAAGCUGCGCAGUAUUUAAAGAAAUAUGUAAUCGAAAAUCAAGGAAACGGUUUAUAUUGCUAGCUUAAGAAUGUUUAAUAAUUCUUCGUAUGUAGUACAGAUCAAAUAGGAUUUAUUUCCUCGUAAGAAGAAGUUUUUAAAUCUGACAAAAGACUUCCUUACGCAAUGCAGGUUUUCUGUGAACCUGUCUUAAAAGAAUAUGUCUGGAAUCGUUCGCCGAACGAUUCUAAUAAUGCGAAUGAGGGUUUAGCUCGAUUUUAAAAAGUAGUUAUGUUCGGCAAAUAUCCUUCUUGUUAGUAUUAAAACCUCUCGUUUUCUAUCAUUUUUAUUGUAGUAUGUAAGUUUUACUAACAGGAUAUUAAUACUAUACUUCAUGCAUAAAUGAGUAAUAACAGAUUUGUUUGCUCAGCAGUAUCGACAUGUCGUUUUUUAAAAAGAACUAAAAAUUAAUUUGCAGUAAGAUAGGCUGUGAAAGGUAUAUACAGAUAAUUCUGUUUGCAAUAAUUUGUUUUUUGAUCACUUCGUACAUUCUAUAAGUUUUAUAAGUUUAUCGCGUUAUUAUUCAUCCUAAAAAAAACAAAUGACUAUAGAGCAUACAACUGAAGCAUGCUUUUUAAAUUCUUCAAGUUGUAACUUUUUGGAUAAUAUUACUAUUUCGUAUAACAAAUGUUUAUUACAUAUAAAAAUACAAUUAUGUAAUAUUUAUUAAGAAUUAUGACCACGAGUAUUAGUAAAUGUAUAUAAUUUCAAGACAACUGCGUUGUCAGAUACGCACGCUUACGUACAUAUAGAUAUAUGGUAUGGUGAAGUGAGAUACGACUGUAUAUCGGAAUUUAAUGUGCUUCUAACUCAUUUAUUUCACAUUAUAAUUUGUCUUUUAUAUAUACUUUACUUAUAUAAAAUUAAUUUGUAUUGCGAAAAAAUCAAAAUAUAUGUAAUAAUCGUUUAUAAAAAUCAGUAAAAUUGCUGAAAAAUUAAAAUAACGAUUACGAGUUCUACGAAUACUUUAAA